AUGAGCAGGUCACCUAGGCGCAAACUGAUAGUGUGCAUCGCGUACUUCUACGCUGGAGUGGCAGGCACCGUCUACGCCUUGCGCAUAAGACGUGAUGGCCGCGGAGUUCUCGGACAAGGCGACUCACGACCCUCUGUCAUCAAAGCUAUCGGCCUUGCCCAGGAGGCGGAUGAAGCAGAAGAAGAUGUUGACCCAUCGGGUCAGAAGAAUAUGAUUCUAGCGAUCUCGGUCAUCAUUGCAUUCGUCUUUGCCGUAGCUGGCAUAUUCAUCGGCGUUUAUUUCAGAAUCGAGCGCUUUUUGAAAUGCAUCGACAGAAUCGGGGGAACCUCAGAACUAGAAAGGCCGCUCUUAGACGACGACACUAAGUCUAUCAUUGGCGAUGAUGCGAUGAGUACACUGAAGACUCAGAAUGAGACUGGCUUCGUUCACUCAUGCCCCGCAGAGUCGUAUCCAAUGAAGAAACAAAUCUAUGAAAAGGCAAAUCGCACGCCUCAUGUUGCCCGACGUUCAAUCGGACCAGAUCUUCCUCAAGCAGAUCCGCUUAUGAUAGCAACACCAAUGACACGGAGAAAGCGAGAAGGAUCCAUCGCUGGAGACACGAUGUCGCUCGCUUCGUUCAAGUCCGAAUCAGGCCGGUCUAUCCGGUCUAUGUUCUCAGCCCGAUCUAUUGGAGCGAAAUCAUUUGGCUCAAUGUUUUCAGCCACCUCAAAGGACUCGAAAUCCUCUUCAGCUCUCAGAAACAAGAUUAACAUGUAUCGAAAAAUGCGCCAGGAUAGGAAAAAAUUCAAAGACGAUGAUACUGGUUCCGUUAUUUCCGAGGCCAGAUCACAAAGAUCCAUGGUCAUCGACGGAAGUUCCCGAUCAGUUUCUGGCUCAAGCAGACAUCGCGGAAAACGAGGAAGCAAGACCGAAGAACAUUCAGGAGCUUCAGCUGGUUCUAACUUUGGCAAUCGACCACAGGAGGAUGACGUGAUGUCGAUGAGAUCCGCUCGAUCGACGGCUUCACGAGCGUCCAAGGUGUCGCGUCGUUCCACAACAUCCGUGACGUCGAAGAAAUCUACGAUGUCACUGAAAUCGCUGCGGUCAAAGAAGACGAAAGAGGAACCCGCGCAAACCGAGUUCUUGAACUUCGGGAGUUACGUCCAGCAAGAAUACAAUGACGAUCAUCAAGAUGAGCCGGCUGCUGGCAACUCGGAUAUGCUCUUCUAA